AUGGCAUAUACAAAAAUGAGCGGUGAUUUAAAUUCUAUGCAAAAUACAAGUGGAUCAGAUGAAUUUAUUGAUACUUUAAAAUCUUUAUCUGUAUCACAAUCAUUAGAUACUCAUGGUGAUGUUAUUGAACAAUUACAUAUUCAAUUGAAACGUGCUGUUCCAAACGGUUUCAAGGAGAAUAAAGCAUUUGCUUUUACUAUUAUUGAUAAUUUAUAUCGAAUUGUUCCUAUAUUUGAUAGAAUAUUAUCAAAUAAUAAUGAAAAUGAUAAUGAUUUUAUUCAAACAAAAAAAUUCUUGGCAACAUUAGUUGAUUCAUUUAGUUCUGUAUGUUUCUUUGAAGUACUUAGUCUAUUUCGGGACAAUUUAUCUCAUUUGAAAACUAUUUUUCAAACGUAUAUUUCUCUAUUCAAAGAAACUUAUUUUAUCGAAAAUGAUAAAUAUGAUUAUUUGAUUACUUGUAUAGUACCUGUUGUAGGCUUUUCAAGUAUAUUAAUUCCAACAACUGAAGAUGAAAUUCCAGAAGGACUUCUUUCAUAUUUACUUACAUUUGUUAAAUCUUAUUGGAAAUGUCAACAUCGUGAACUGGUUAUUAAAGCUGUUUUUGGUUUAAUAAAAAUUUUUUCAAAACAACCAACACUUGUACCAUUGAUUAUUCGUACUGGAUGGCCUCAAGCAUGUAUUCAAUUUUUGACUGAAUCACAUACUGAAAAAGAUCCACAAUCAUCUUAUACAAUUGAUUAUUAUAUAUGUUUAAUUAUUCAGAAGCUUGCUCGACAUCCAAAUGGUGUUCAAGUUCUUAAUCAAUUGAAUUGUAUUAAAGUACUUGAAGAAAGUAAAGAAAGAAUGAAAAAAAAUCAUACUGAAUUACAAUACAAAUGUCUUCAUUUUCUUCAAUGUAUGAUAUAUGUACUUUUAACAGAAGCCGAUAAUAUUAAACAUACGACAAUGUUGUGUGACAACCAAAUGUGUCAAACACUUAAAGACCUUGUUACACAUACAAUUGAAGCAGCAAAUAAUGAAUAUUUAUUUCAUCAUUGUUUUCAUGUAUCAGAAAUGUUAACUGUACUUUGUAAAGUAUUUCUUAAUGAUGAUGUUCUUACAAAAUGUAUGAAUGAAAAUAAUCAAUUAUUUGAUUGUUUAUCACAAUUACUCAUUCGAUUUGUUAAUAUUACUAGUGAUGCAAAUCAUAUACAUCAACCAACGGAUAAUGAAACUCUACUUACAUUAACAAAUCUUUUAUGGAGUAUAUCAUUUCAUCAAUGUUAUCAUGAUAAAUUUCAAGCAAAUUCUAUACUGAUGCAUACAAUAACAAAUUUAACUACAUCAUCAUCAGUAAAUGUUAGUAGACAAACAAUGUCAAUUCCACGUGAUUUAAUAUCAUUAAAAAAAGCAGCUGAAGGUAUUUUAUGGAAUUUAAAAUCAUUAUCAUCAUCACCACGUCCAACAUUAAAUCAACAGACAGAACAACGACCACUUGUUAUGAUUAGUUAUUCACAUAGUGAUACAGCAUUUUGUCGAGAACUUGUGGAAAAUUUAUCUGCUCAUGUUCCUGUUUGGGUUGAUUAUAAACAAGCACGUGAUGCUGUUGCACAUUCGGAUGAUCUUUGGGAAGAAAUUGCACGUGCAAUGGAAAUGGCUUCUGUUAUUGUUUUAAUUAUUUCAAAAGAAUAUUAUGAUUCUAAAUCAUGUCGACAAGAACUUUCAUAUGCAAGUGAUACACUUAAAAAACGUAUUGUACCAAUUUAUGCUCCAAAUCAAUUAUAUCGUGCAAGUGGUUGGCUUGGUAUUCGAAUUGCAGGACAAAAAUAUAUUCAUUUUGGACGAAAACCAUUUGAUGAUGCUGUCAAAGAACUUGCAUCUAUGGUUGAUACUGAUCAAAAACCACUUGUUAUAUCAUCACCACCACAACAUUCACAACCACAACUACCACCGCCAACACCAUUAUGUUCAUCUCAAUCAGUUCCAUGUUCAUCUCGAUCAGCUCUAUGUUCAUCAUCUAAGACGAUGCCAAACAAAAUAAUUACAAAAGAAGAAAAUAAAUUAAUGAUAUUAAACGAUUGGACAGCAAAGGAUAUUCGAAAAUGGUUUGAUGAGAAUCAUGUACAUGCUAAUUUAAUAACACUCUAUGCGGAUCAAUUUCAAAAUGGUACAUCUUUAAUUAUUUAUGCACGACAUUUGAAAUUAUUUUAUCGUUAUGAAUAUAUUCGAAUAUUUACAAAAUAUUAUAAAUUAUUUCAUGGCAAACGAUUGGAUACAUUUGAUUUUGUUACAUUUGUUGAUGCACUUUAUCGUUUACGUAAUGAAUAUGAUCCAAAUUCUAAUAUAGAAGAUAAUUAUGAAAAACAUAGUGAACAUCAAUUAUUACGUAAAAUGAAAGGUGCCAAUGAAGGACUAACUUGGUUAUAA